GUUUACCUACGUCCUGUGGGACAGUAUUUUAUGCAGCACAACAUGCCUUUUUGGGGGGGAUAAACACGUAAAAGCAUGUAACCCACACUGUAAUCAGCCGGUGACCGUUACUGGGUUUACCCCACCUCUCUCUGAGCUGGGAUAGGCUCCAGCUAGCCCAUGACUCUAGUGAGGGUGUGUGGCAUAGAAAAUGGAAGGUGUAACCCACACAUUAUAAAUAUGUGUCAUAAUGUGCUUUGUGUUUAACAUCAAUUUAGUGUGAUGUUCAGAGGACUUAAAUGGACCUUGAUAGGCUAAAAGUCCAAAUAUCUGUUUGAAUGGAUCGCAACCAUCGCAGCAGUUCAAAUUUUCAUGUCAUUAUUUUCUUUCAUAAGAACUCAUUUGGCAGUUGAUAAUUGUACAAAGAGAAAGUAUGGCUUGUUUCCUUUGCUCAGGUUGAGCCACAUGAUAACUUUUGCUUUUCAAGUCGAAAAUGUAUUUCAAGUACGUACUGCAUUUUGAAUGAUAAUUGAAUGACAUGUCAUCGGUACAGUUCCGAAAACGAUAAUAGAUUGUGACUGUGGCUGUACAGGACCGGAUAUCUGUAGCAAUAACACACAAAAGUCGGUUUUCAGUCUUGAGCAGAAAGGGAAAAACAACCAAAGUGUAUCCGUAGAGCUGUGCUGUAGAUUCAACAAUGUCUUCAUUUGCCUUCCCUUUCUUGAGAGGGUUCUAAUGUUUCUCUUUCAGCAUUUCUCACCUGACUCUUGGUGGGAUUUCAGCUUUAAUUUUUGGAAUGCGUUUACGCCUGACCUUCUCAUGGGUGCCAUUAUUAUAAUGUUUGCAUAUUUAUACACUUUGUAUAAUGUGACAUAUACAGUAUGGUGCGCUCGGGAUGGCACUCAUUUUCUUCCAGUUUGAAGCCGUUUAGUUCCAAGGAAGAAGUAAAGUGUGUGGAAGACGAAAAUGUGUUUUUCCUUGCCUUGUCCAAACUAAAACCAACUGAACCAACUGGAACUGUGACCUCUGGUUUGCUGAGAAAAAAUGCUGCUGAUCUUACUAAUCGAUGUAAAAGUGAAAUUCAAUGCAACGUAACGGCAGUCUGGUAGAAAUAUCGAAAGUUCGCUGACAUGCCUUGACUUCUCUUCCUUCCCUAAUACACGUACUGUAAGUGUAUUCAGAUGUAAAUCACAAGUUACAAGUUGUUUUUACAGAAAUUCUGUAUUUUUCCCCCUCACUUUAUAACAUUGUCUUAUAACAACCAAGGCACAAGAAUAAAAACAAAGUUGUUGACACUGGCUGUCUUUUUUUUUGUCUCAGUCGUAGAAACGAAUUACAUUUGACAUCAUGUGAACGAUUGCAAGCUUGCCUCUGCCCGGAAUAUUGAAUCGUGUGCUAGGGGGAAUUAGGGCACCAUUGGUCUCGAUAAAGUAGCUACAUGUUAAGUGAGAUCCUAAAUUAGAGAAAAGAUGACUCGAGGCCUUCCAUGAAAUGGGUUUCAGAUAUUGAACAAUGCUUGUUCUUUUACUAAGAAUGUAUUACAUAUGUAUAUGUGCAUAUACACACAUAUACAGUGUUAAUGCGCUGUCUACUUUGUGCUCUCCCAGUAUAUUAGCUUGUCGACGCUCCUUUCUGGUGUUUGCCAUCUAAACUUUGACUAGGUUGCCGUGGCAACCCACUGUGUACUCGGGACCCACCGCAGCCGCUGAAAAGAUAUUGUGCUUCCUCUCCAACGUAAGAUUCAGCCAAUAUACUUUCUCUCCAUUUGUAUAACUUUUAUCAAGCUCCGGAAAGAGUAAUCUCAAGUUAUUCAGUCUGCGUGUGGAGUGCCUGUGGCGUGACUUUUAGCGUAUCGCAGCUCUUGAAGCUUUGGUUUCCACGGCAUCCAAGCAACAUUUUUGUGACUCCGCAGCCUUACUGGUGUUAUAUUUUUAUACCCAGUACAACAUGGAGCCACUCAGCCAUUACACAGGGGACCAGAAUGAAUUUCACUCAGACCAACACAACAGCGGCAGCGGGUUUGAACCAGCUCGACCUCCUCUCAGUGCGGACCCCUGUGACUUCCUGCUGGAUGCCAUUGACGCUCAGCUGGGGAACCUGCAAGUCAAGAAUCGGCAACUUGACCGCAUCGAUUCAGCCCCAUUUAGGUUGAGUCAGGCUCCCAGCAAAGAUACCGGUCUUGGCAGCACAGUGUCCCAGACAAAUGACACCCCCAUGUCUUGUCUGGAUCUGCAAGUCACUCCAGCAGUUCAACAAACAGCAGACAGCACAAGCUCCGUGGCUCCCGCAACACAUGAGGUGGCCACGUGGGAACUGGACGUACGGACAAGCGGAAAAGUGCAGAUGGAGAGUCACAAGGAACAGGUCAUGUGGAGACUAGAGAGACUUCUUGGAGACACCUGUAAGCAAGGGACAAUGUCAAGUGACCCUCAUCCGCCUUCAGAAAGUAUUUGCACUGAAGACUUUGUGAGGUGCUUUCGAGAGGAGAUGGUUGAACUGGCUUUGCCAGAGGGGAGCCUUGAUGAGCUCGACAAACAGGGGGAGGCUGAAAGGACUUUGAUGACAUCUAGCGGGGACCCUUGCCUGAGUCGCCAAAACACUCAAAAGGGUGUCAGAAGUGAAGCAACUACAAAUGUGAAAAGUAGUAAACAGGAGCCAGAACAAAGUGAGGAACUCGGAAGAUGUUCUUCUGAAACAUCUGGAGUUCAGACUUCACAUGUUGUCUUCUACAGCACAGAGGUGGAAAAAGAACAUCAGAACCCAAAGCACAUUAUUUCUCCAAAGGCCAGGUGCUUAGCAGGAAUACCUGUGCGGAAUUUUGACACGGUGUCCGUGGACAGUGACCUUGAUUCGGUUUGUACAGAUCAGGUCAGGCAGCACCUCUGCAGACGGGCUGUUCAAAAACCCACAGGAGCUGCGCAAAACAAAAGUACUCGCUGUAAAGCACAGCAAAAGUGCAGGCCGAUGAAAUCUUUGGAGGAUGAUGACAAGGACACUGAUGAGGAAUCAAAUGGACACUGGAGCAGGCGGUCCGAGCUUGAGAAGGCGUCAGAGAAGAUGCACUCAGCUUGGGAGAAGAUGAGCGAGCGCCUCUCCUCGCUCAGACAAAGAUGUGAGAAAGUGGAGGAGACUCUUCGCAUGAAAAAGUCUCAUUUAACCGAGGUGGAGCUCUCCCUUUCUGAGCUGCAAUUGAGAAGAAAGCAUGCCUUUCAUGAUCUUGAGCGACUCAGUGCAGAGACCGGCCACCUAGAGACAGAGAAGAGUCAAUUAGAGGUUGUGCUAAAGGACUGUAAGGCAGAGAUAAACUCAUUAAGUUGCCAGCUGCAGAACCUUCAGAGGCAAAAAGAGUCCCACCUCCGCACAGUCAGAAAUUUGCAAGAAGAGCUAAAGAAGAGAGAACAACUCGAGCAGCUGUCCUGCGUGGAGACCAGCAGAGCGACGUCAGAGCUGGAGAGACAGUUGGGUUGUGCCAAUGCUGAACUAUUCUCUGAGCGACGGCGGGCAAGAGAGAAGCAGGAAUCCAUGCAACAAAUGCUGGAGGAAACUUGCGAGGAACUCCUGAGGGCCUCCGAGGCACAGACCUCCCUGAGGAAUAGAUGCUCUUCUCUAGAAGAGAUGCACAAGCAGAAAAAGGAGGAGAUAGAGAAUCUAGAGUGUCAAGCAGAGGAGCUACGGGGAAAGCUUGGAGCAUGCACGGCCAAGGUGGACACGCUUGAGAAACUGUUGGGCCAGAAGGAGCAACAACUGCAAGAACUACAGGAGCAACACGGAGGCUUGCAAACAGAAAGAGAGCGACUGAAGGGAGAGCUGGAGUUCCUAAAAAGUCAACAGCACAGUGCUCUUCAAGAAGCCAGAGAACACGCCCGUACCAUGAUGGAGGCGGCGCUGAAGCAGCAGAGGAAAGAUUUAGUCUCCAUUCAUGAGCAGCAAAUGCAAAAGCUCAAGAAAGAUGACGCAAAGGCGCUGAAGAAUUCACUGGAGCACCAGAAGGAGGAGUCGAGGAAACGUGAAGAAGAGCUGCGGGCGCAAACAUUACAGACGGUGCUGUACUGCGAACCGUUUGACAAAACUCUUCGCGGCGACAUUACGUGGACACUUUGCUCCUCUCACAUUCAGGUGCACAAAGCCAUAGAUGAGGAGAGGAGGAAGUGGGAGGCGGACAAAAUUGCAGCCGUACACUUCCACCGUGGUUUACUGGAAGAGCAGAACAGGAGGGACCUGGAAACGGCUCAGAGCGAGCUACAUCGAGAGAAAGCCAAUGCGUUGACGCUUCAGCGUCGAGUGGCGGAGCUGCAAAGCCGCGUGCAGGAGCUGGAGGCCGAGCGCUGCGUGCAGCAGCGAGAGCAGGAGUCUCUGCUCUCGGCCGUUUGCAAGUCACUAAAGCAGGAGCGGCGGGACGAGCUGGACAAAUUGCAGAAACACAUGUUGCAGGAAAGUGGCAAGACCGAGCUGCAGCUUGAGCAGGCUGUGCGGAAGGCCGAGGCAGAAACGGAGAGGAUUGGCAGGAUGCUUGAAGAGCAGCGGGUCAGCCAUCUUGAUGCUCGAGCUGAGCAGGAGCAGCAGCUCGGGGUCUGGGCUCAGGAGCUGGUGGCCCAGUGCGAGUUUCUACGCCUCUUGAUCGAGAAAAAUGGAGGCCAACAAAAUGCGGUGCAGCUCCCUCGCAGCUCUACCAUCGAUGAGGCUCUUGCCCAACUGAAGGCUCAACAAGAGCCCUUGAAACAUCUGAUUGAGUACCUUCAUCAAGAGUUUGAUUCUCAAAGGCAAGCAAGUGAACAGCUGCUCAAAGACAAGGAGCGGGCGUUGAGGAUUCAGAGGGAACAGAUGAGAAUGGAACAAAAGCAAGCCUUGGAUUCUCUGAAGAAUCGUCUCAUUCAGGAUCACGUUGAGGAGCUGAGUAGUUUGAAAUGGGCUCAUUGGAGUGCCGCCGGAUUGGAAGCCUCACUUCGCAAGCAGCUGGAGGACAAAGACAUGGAGCUGAGGCAAGUCCAAAGGAACAUGACUCAGUGGAAGGAACAGACCACCGCUCGACUGGCCUGCAAGUUUGAGGAAGAGUUGACAGCUGAACUGGAAAGGUGCAGAUCAAAGUUAUUAAGGGGCAGAAAGACGUCCAUGAAUGAAGAGGAACAGCUGAGGACGGAGGGUCAGCGAAGGCUUAGUGCAAAGGCUGCCUCCCCCCAGACCUCCUCGGACGUGGCCUCAUUAAAACUUGUGCAUUACUUGCAGAGCAGAGUCAAGCAGCUCCGUGUAGAGAACCAGACGUGGGUGCCAACAGGACCAAACUUUCCUACACACAACCAUCAAGAGAGUAGGAAGGCUUGAGUCCCCCAUUCAUGAGGUUCAACCGCAAGUUAAGAAACAUCACAUGCUUCCCAGUAUUACUCUUUCAAAGUGUUUCUUUUUCAUUUAACGAUGAAUCAUUCAUUCACUGUUGCCUGUACUUAACAUAGCAGGUCACAGUGACAAUGACACAAGCAAAGUUUUAGUCAUCCUUUGAACUUUCUACUGUGUCAAGGUUUUAUGGUUCAACGUACAAGAGGUUUACAGAUUUAACAUGAAAAAUCUCAUAAAACUCUUCUUUGUGGGAUUCCCUUAUAUGCUCAUAAAUGUUACGUAAUGUUAAGAUGGAACAUGCAAAGGCCAAAUGGUACAAAGGCACAAUAUGUAACUUACAGCUUUCGAAACGUUUCAAGAAUAUGAACUAGCUUUAUUGUUGUAUAUACGUUAGUCGCUCCAUGUACAGCACUUUGUAUGCAGCGAUGGGUGUUUUAAAGUACUCUAUAAAUACAGUUAACACCAGAAUCGGGAUUGGUGUCAGAGUGCCAAAAGAUGCUUGGUGUUUCAUGCAUACUGUUGUAUAGCACAUUUUUGAUAAAGGAUGAAGCACACUUUUAUUAGAAAAUAAAUACAGAGUCAACAUGUCUCACUUGAAUACUGCUGCAAACAUGCAGGGGGAAAAA